AUGGCCGCUUCUGCAGCAGCCUGGCGUUGGCUCCACCGGGCGACUUGGUUGCUGCUUCUGGUUGGCCCUGCCGCCACCUCUUCCUCCUGGGCCAGCCCGGCUGAGGACAGCGGCGGGCCAAGGGCCGCGAGCGGACGGGAUGCCGACCCGGGCGGGGCCCAACCUGACGAGCAGCAGCAGCACCACGACUCUUCGUACGGCACCUUCGCCAGCGAGUUUUACGACAUGCGUUUCCUCUCCGACGAGGGUUAUCCUUUCCCUACUGCUCCUCCUGUGGAUCCAUUUGCAAAAAUUAGAGUGGAUGACUGUGGAAAAACGAAAGGAUGCUUUAGGUAUGGUAAACCAGGAUGUAAUGCAGAGACUUGCGAUUACUUUCUCAGUUAUCGCAGAAUAGGAGCUGACAUAGAGUUUGAGUUGAGCGCUGAGACAGAUGGCUGGGUGGCUGUGGGAUUUUCCUCAGAUAAGAAAAUGGGUGGAGAUGAUGUCAUGGCCUGUGUUCAUGAUGACAAUGGAAGAGUCAGAAUACAUCAUUUCUACAAUGUUGGUCAGUGGGCAAAAGAGAUCCGAAGGAAUCCUGCCAGAGAUGAAGAAGGUAUUUUUGAAAACAAUCGUGUAACGUGUAGAUUCAAACGUCCAGUGAAAGUUCCGAGAGAUGAAACAAUUGUAGAUCUUCAUCUGAGUUGGUACUAUUUAUUUGCUUGGGGCCCAGCAAUCCAGGGUUCUAUAACUCGGCAUGACAUAGAUUCUCCACCUGUUUCAGAGCGUGUGGUCAGUAUUUACAAGUAUGAAGACAUUUUUAUGCCAUCAGCUGCCUAUCAGACCUUCUCUUCUCCAUUCUGCUUGUUGCUUAUUGUUGCAUUGACAUUUUAUUUAUUGAUGGGAACCCCUUGAUGACAGCUGCAGUAUGCAUGGCAAACAGAAAAUUUGUCAGUGAGCAUUGCUCAGGAUGGGAGCCUUUUCUAUUGGAAUUUAUAUUACUGGACCCUUAGUUAUUUGUUGACAGCUUGCACUUAUUGUACAACAGGAAUAAGUGAGCUCACUAUUCGUUGGGCUGUAGAUCUGUGCCAAAUAAUUAUUUCAGAAUAAUCAAGGAAAAUUGUCAUUGAUUGAGUGUGUUUAGUAAAUAUAUAGAUUGUUUCAUUUCUGGUUGAGGAUACAUUCCCAAAGUUUCAUUUACACAGUGCUUACAUGUACUGUGCAAACCUGCAUAGGAUUCCAUUAUUUAAAAGAUACUGGAAUAUUAUGAGAAACAUGAACAAAUUUAUCUUCUAACUUUAAUUUGCUUUUUAUUUAAUAAAUAGGUGACAUGUAUCAUAUUAAUGAGAUUAUUUAUGUAUUAUGUUUGUAUAAUUCAUGUUUCACACCAAAGUGAUUUAGGAUGCAAUCCUAAUGAAUAUUUAGACAGAAAAAACUCCUACAACUCCCAGCAUUUCCUAUUCACCCAUGCAUAGGAUUGCACCCUUAAUUAACAGUAUUGUUAUCAUUCUAAGAAUUCUUAAAUUAUGUGUACAGGAUUAUACUGUAAAAAGAAACUAUCAGGGUGAUGUUCUGGGAAAAGAUACUAUUUUGCUUUCAAGUGUGAAAGUCUUGCUUAAGUGUGCAGAACUCCAAAACCAGCCAGAAUUUAAAAUUCUCUGUUGAAUAAUGCCAGAGGAUACAUUUGUCACGAGAAUGUCACUGAGACACCAUUUUAAGAAAAUGCCACACAUUUCUACCAGUUACUUAAACAGAUAAAACUAGUGCCAUUAGAACAUUUUGUAAAUGUAAAAUAUGUGAGCAUGUAAAAAACGAACCAAAAAAAGCUAAUUUUCCAGUACAGAGAGCACAUUUUUCUCAUUUUCUGGAAAAAAACAGCAGUACCAUAUCACCAGGUAAGUGACUUACAAAGAACAUGUUUGUGUUUGGCUAUAUUUUGACACAGUUUAUUCAGUUGGGUAUCAUUGUAUGUAUGAUAAUACAUACAAUAAAUAUGAUGCAAGUAAAAAUGCAUUUUCUGUUUAUUUUCUCCAAAAGUAAGCAAAUACAGUUUAUGUUGUAGACAUGGAACCAGUGAAAAGAAAAUGCAAGGAAACAUUUGUUCCUCAACAUUACUAAUAAAAUAACAUACAUCUGAAGAAACAAAAGGAACUCUAAUGUGUAUUACUUCAAAAAAAAACAUAAAAAUGUGAAAAGAGAUAAGUAUUCUGUAACUUAAAUUUUCUGUGUGAAAUAUGAUAAGAUGAAUAAAUUAAGUAUAUUUAA